AUGUCGACUCUAUCCACGUCCCCAUUCAACAACCCAGUCUCCUUCGCUUCCUGCUCCAUCGGCCUCCCCCGCCACACCCUUGAGCAGAAGCUCGACGCCAUCUCCGCUGCCGGCUUCGAUGGCAUAGAGCUCUCCUUCCCGGACCUUCAGUCAUUUGCCAGCCGGCACCUCGACAAGGGGGAAAUCGCCGAUGACGACUAUGCCUCCCUCUGCGAGGCCGGAAAACUCGUCCGCGAGCUUUGUGAACGGAAUAAGCUGCAGAUCAUGGUCCUGCAGCCCUUUGCCAACUUCGAAGGCUGGCCAAAGGGCAGCAGGGAGCGCGAGGACGCUUUCGAGCGCGCCAGGGGGUGGAUGGAGAUCAUGAGCGCCGUCGGGACGGACAUGCUGCAGGUCGGGUCCUCGGAUGCGCCCGGCAUCACGUCGUCCAUCGGGGAGCGUGUCGCAGACCUCGCCGAGCUGGCGGACCUCCUCGCCACCCGGGGCUUCCGCGUCGCCUAUGAGAACUGGUGCUGGGCCACGCACGCGCCCACGUGGAAGGACGUGUGGAAGAUGGUCCAGCUCGCGAACCGCCCGAACCUAGGACUGUGCCUGGACACCUUCCAGACCGCAGGCGGCGAGUGGGGGGACCCGACGACUGCGUCGGGGCGGAUCGAGACGGGCGGGCUCGGGGAGAGGGAGCUGAAGAUGAGCUACGAGAUAUCGUUGCAGGAGCUGGCGAAGACGGUGCCGCCGGAGAAGGUGUACUUCUUGCAAAUCAGCGACGCGUACAAGACCGAGCCGCCGUUGGAGAACGAGCCCGAUGAGAGCGGGCUGCGGCCGAGGGGGCGUUGGAGCCACGAUUACAGGCCGCUGCCAUAUGACGGUGGGUAUCUGCCCAUCUUGCAGUUCUUGGAGGCGGUCAUGAGUACCGGGUUCCGGGGCUGGUUGUCAGUCGAAGUGUUCGACGGCAAGUUCGAGGAGAAGUACGGCGAUGAUCUGGAGUCGUAUGCGAAGAAGGGGAGGGAGGGAGUCGUGAGGAUGUUGGGCGAGAUGAUUGUCGAUAGAAGUGGGUUCUAG